UCCGAGACGUUAUUGUAGAACAACAUUAUUUCUACAAAAAGAUCAACUUUUUUUUAAAUUAUGAAACUUGCGCAAAAGUUUACUGACAAAUUUUUAUUGCUGUGUAGUUUAUUUGUUGUGAAAGCAGUGACAUACAUGCCAUAUGUUAUCUCCAAUCGGUAUAUCUCGUAAUUUUCCGCUAUGGACAAUAAAAGAGUGCGAUGAAUAGCGAUUGGUUACCUUUCUUUGACAACCGAAAAUGGAGAUCCUGACAACGGCUUCUGUUUGUGGUUUCCAUGAUGAAAGCAGACCAUCAUAACUUGACAUAAGAGGAGGAUUACUGUUUAUAGCAUUACCCUAGGCCGACUGUCGUAGUACAAAAAUGGCCACAGUCGUUCCGAGGUUGUUGCCUGAAACUCAGGGUGUGCAGUUCACAGUCCGGCCAGUUCUGCGUACCAGAGAAAGUUUGAUGUCGGGGCGAAGUGAUAAGUCAUCACCAAUAGGUUCUAGGGAAGCUGGUCGUCUUGUCAACCCGAACAUGUCUAGCAUUGAGGUGGAAACUCUGCUGCGAGAACAUGUCCAUUCUAAGUACGACAGUCUCAAACAGGCAUUUCAGACUUAUGAUGUAGAUCAGAACCAAAGUGUAACUAAGGGAGAAUUUCGCCGAAUUCUGGAGUCCUUUUGUUUUCCAAUGUCUUCCGAGCAAUUCCAAUCACUCAUUGCCAAGGUGGACAUUAAUCCAAAUCACACAGUUAAAUAUGGUGACUUUUUAAAUAAAUUUCAUGGCAAGGAUGUCACUCAUUCUCACAGUGAAAAGCAAAUGAACGGAAGGCACAGAUAUGCUCUGCCCUCAACACCAAAAGAAGCCAACAUGGACAUUAUUGAGAAAAUGCUUCGUGAGAAGAUUUGUGGAAAUCUGAAAAGCAUUGUGAAGGCCAUGCAGUUGUUUGACUACAACAUGGAUGGUAAAAUACAAAGACACGAACUACGCAGAGUUCUGGAAAACUACUGCUUCAAGUUCACAGACCAGCAGUUCGACAAGGUUUGGCAACGCUAUGACUUCCAUCACAGUGGAACGGUGAACUACAAGGACUUUUUGCACAGACUAGGAAUCAGUGGCCAGAAACCAACACUACCAGCCGGAGCUCAAUCAGCACUGACGUGGCCUGUGAGACCUCCUCAGCCAGUAGUGACCAGCAAUAGGUACCUGGACAAGAACGUCAAGACUCAGAUCAGAAAGGAUGAACAGAUGCUUCAGGGCUUGAACUUCAACCAGAUUGAACUGGAGUUUAGAAAACGGAUGCGUGCCAAUUACCUCAACUUAAAAAAGGCCUUCAUGUCGUUUGACAGUCAUCUUAAUGGAUUUAUCUCCAUAGAGGAUCUGAAAGCUAUUCUUACAAACUUCACCAUUCCCAUGUCAGACCAGCUGUUUGGCCAACUCAUGGACAGGUGUGGUAUCAAAGGAACAGGACGAAUCUCAUGGGAAGCAUUUCUGGAAAAGUUCCAAGAACCAAGAGACGUGGGUAAUGGCCAAACAAUACCCAUCAAGCCAAAUCACAAGUUUUUCCCUAUUAUGGAGACUCAAGCAGUAGUCAAAGCAGACAGCAUCUGGAACCAACUCUACGAACAUGUUGAGAGUCACUACCCGUCUUUCAAGCAAGCAUUUCUCGAGUUUGAUAAGAAUCGGGAUGGCAAGGUAACCAGAAAGGAAUUCAGAAGAAUUAUUGAAAAAUUUGCUUUCCAUCUUGAGGAUGCAGAAUUCAAGAAGUUGAUGACUGCGAUGGAUCCACAACACACCAAUGACAUAUCGUACCAUGAUUUCCUCGAGGUCUUCGAAGAGAAGGAAACAUUGGCAGGUCACAAGUGGUUAAACUCUGUGCACAGAUUUAAUGACAAGCCUAAACCAGCCAUUUUAGCCUGGAAAACGGUGGAGGACCUACUGCGAGAGAAGAUCACAGAACGCUGGAAGUCUGUUGCCAAGGCGAUCGUCUUUUAUGAUCGCAGAGCUGAAGGAUUGAUGGCACCUAGAAAUUUGAAAAAGAUCAUCGACAGACAUAUCCUUCCAGUAUCCACUGAACACUUCGAGCACAUGUUAAAAAGAUGUGCUGUCCACCAUGAUGGGAAGGUGAAUUACAUUGAGUUUCUGGAGAACCUGAAUAUUGACGUGGCUCCCGGUGAUUUGAUUGGAUUAAGUAAACAGAUCAUAGAUGGCAGUGACAAAGCAGAAUUCCUUCGACUGGAGGACCACUAUAAGAGGUCGGACCUGGUGGACGAGCACCUGUCUGGCCGAUGCAGUAUGAUGACAGCGGAGGAGGUGAUCAGUCGACUCAAGGACCGCAUGAUUCAGCACGACACCGAGAUCAGAAACACGUUCCUCACCUACGACAAGAAACGACGCGGGAAAGUCUCCAAAAGAGUUUUCAGAGAGGUGCUAGCAGACUUCAAUAUUUUGAUGACUGAUGAACAGUUCAAUGUGCUGGUAUCAAAACUGGACUUCAACAGUGGAUUCAUGAACUACUACGACUUCAUUGCCAGUUUCUCUGAUCCCCAGCCAACAGGACUGGGUGAGGAGAUCGAGAGGACGGGUAACCAUCGCGUGAACCCCAUUCACGGAGACGAGUUUGGCAUGAGUGCACUGGAGGUGGAGUCUAAACUGAGGGCAAAACUGAGAGAAAACUUUGCUGAUCUUCGAAGUGCAUUUUACAAGUUCGAUGAUGAUCAUAAUGGAAUUCUGAACAAAUCAAAUUUUCGUCGAAUGUUAGAAGCAUUUAUGUUUGUGAUGACUGAAGAAGAAUAUGAAAAACUGUGUUUGAGACUGGGUAUUGAUAAAAAGAGUUGCAUUAGUUAUGGCCAGUUCUUGGACUGCUUUGAAGUCAGAGAUAGUGAAGAGGGCCACAAAUGGCUCCACUCUGUGCACAUGUACAAUGACACGGAACCUGUGCCACUUCAGACUGCAGAACAAGCUCAUGAGCUUCUGGUGACUAAAGCAUACAACCAAUGGAAUGAUGUGACAAAGGCAUUUUUAGGCAUGCACAACAAGAGUCAAGGUAUUAUCACAAAACAAGACCUGGGACUCUUGUUAAAAAAAUUCUUGAUUCCCAUCACCAAUGAAGAGUUCAAGAAACUGUGGGCAAGAUAUGAUAGGGAAAAUAAAGGCUACAUUUCCCAUCAAAACUUUCUCGAGAAUAUUGGAGCUGAAGACUACGCCCCAGCUGAUGUUGGGGUUAGUGAGGAUAUAAUUGGCGGUAGUUGCAAAGCUUUGAUUGAACACAGCAAGACGCAGCGCAUCAUGCAUGAGCAGAUAACUCUGAAACAAGCAAAUCUAGGGACAGGAAUGACUGCUGAGUGGAUUGAGAAACAACUACGGGAAAAGAUGGUUGAAAAGUUUGAAGAUUUCUACAAGGCUUUCCAGAAAUACGACACCAAAAAACGUGGAUAUUUGUCUGUGAGGGAGAUCCAGAAAGUUCUCUUCAAUCUCAAUUUCUUUAUUAGUGAUGAGGAGUUCUUCCGUUUAUUAGACAGGAUUGGUCUGCACACAAAAAAGAGUCAGCUGAACUAUGAGAAGUUCUUGAAGGCAUUUGAUGAUGGCAGAGCUUCCAGAUAUGGAAAGCGAACAAAGGAUGUCCAGAUUGAAACCUAUCCAAAUCUCAGUCCAGAAGAUGCUCAGACUAAAUUGCGUGAUCAACUGAUGGCACAAUCUGAUGCUAUUGGCAGGGCAUUUGCAGCCUUUGACAGGAACCAGUGUGGCGCAUUACCGAUGGCCGACUUCCGGCGGAUUCUGGACAUGUUUUGUUUUCAGCUUACAGAUGCUCAGUGGAAACAUCUGAAGGGGAUGCUCAGGAUUCUCGUAGAUGGUCAAGUAGACUAUGCUUUGUUCAUGGAGCAGUUCGUUUCGGUAGAGUUGGAGGAUUCUACGAGAUGGCUAAUGAACAAGCCUCAGCUUAUGACUAUUGACGAAGUGCAAGAGAGGUUACAAGAAUCCAUCCAGGCCCACUAUGUCAGUCUGUCGAAUGCGUUCGCAGAGUUGGAUUAUGCCCAGAUUGGUGUUGUCCCGAAAGACCAGUUUCGUGAUACUUUAAAUAAGUUUAUCUUCAGACUAACUGAUGAACAGUUUGAAAACCUAUGGUUGACACUUCCAGUGAAUGCGUUUGGUAAUCUCAACUACCAUGAAUUCCUGCUGAUGUACUGUGACUCGAACCCCAACGUUACAGAUUCUUCUCGCAUUGUCAAGUCAAACGUCAAUCAUGUAUCACCUCGGUUACCCGGGCGGCCACAGACAUCAAUGUCACAGAGAUCACUAUCCAGGAUGGAUAUGUCUCGUCCCUUGACCAUGCAGUCUAGAGCGAUGUCUCGCGCUUCCACACCCCUCGUUAAUGCAGACAGUGCUGAGAUAAAACUGAAGGAUGUUGUGUUUCGCAAGUGGAAAGAUAUUCAGUACAUGUGUCGAAAGUAUGAUGGAGAAAACACGGGAACUAUCAGUAUUUACGACUUUAGAGACUUAAUGCGUCAGUAUGGAGUGCAUAUGUCCCCUGAAGAUUUUGAAAAUAUCAUCACCAAGUAUGAUAUUCAUGAAAAUGGUCGUUUCUGUUACCCCGACUUCCUUCGCCAUUUCAUCCUGACGUUGAAAACGAGGGAGAAUACUGAUGGUAGCCUCCUGCUGAGGAGGAAGCAGCCACCCAAUGUCAUGCAGACCCAUACCGGAGAUGACCUACACCUGAGAAAUGAUGCCAGACUGAGACUGAAGGAGUGUGUGAUGCAGAACUGGAAAGAGAUGAGAAGGGAACUGCGAAAACUUGACUCCCUGGGCACGGGGACUGUUCGCUCGAUAGACUUCCGACAAGUACUGAGGCAGUUCAACGCCAACCUGACUGAGGCCGAGUUCUUUGAUCUCUUGUAUUACUACGAUACAAAGGUGGAUGGCAACAUCAGCUACAAUGACUUUUUAAGGUCCUAUCUCAAAUAGGCAGGAUCAGCAGUAGUUUGUUUUGAAUGACAGAUCAGAAGUCAUAUUAAUCAUGUUGCAACUUGCAACUAAUACCAGUAUAUAACAGGGUAACAAUUAGUCAUGAAAAAUCUGGCUGUUUUUGUACAAGAAACCCUUUCACCAUAAGGGCUAUUUAACAAUUAGGUCAUGAAAAAUCUGGCUGUUUUUGUACAAGAAACCCUUUCACCAUAAGGGCUAUUUAACAAUUAGGUCAUGAAAAAUCUGGCUGUUUAAUACAAGAAACCCUUUCACCAUAAGGGCUAUUUAACAAUUAGGUCAUGAAAAAUCUGGCUGUUUUUGUACAAGAAACCCUUUCACCAUAAGGGCUAUUUAACAAUUAGGUCAUGAAAAAUCUGGCUGUUUUUGUACAAGAAACCCUUUCACCAUAAGGGCUAUUUAACAAUUAGGUCAUGAAAAAUCUGGCUGUUUUUGUACAAGAAACCCUUUCACCAUAAGAGCUAUUUAAUAAUUAGGUCAUGAAAAAUCUGGCUGUUUUUGUACAAGAAACCCUUUCACCAUAAGGGCUGGUUUACAAUUAUGUCAUGAAAAAAUCUGGCUGUUUUUGUACCCUCCCUCAUAAUGUUUUGUUAAGAUAAAGCCACUAAAAUUACCUUCCAUCCUUUCAUGAUCACGACAUAACCAAAAUUAUUGUGUUUACUGUUUGUAUUUUUUAAAAAUUUCUUUGGCAUUAACCAUCUGUGCUGGACUUCGAGUUUUGAGUAUUUUAGCAUGCCCCUAUACCACUAAGAUUUCAGGAAUGUCUAUCCCGGGUCAGGUCUCUGAAUAGCCAGUGAUCUGACCUGGGACAGAAUCUGUGCUGGAAUGAUAUUAUAGACAGAGCCGUGGGGUGCAUUGCACAGGCAUUUUACAUAAUGGUUAAUAAAUAUUGCAUAAAAGGUAUCUGUGAUACAAAUAAAUUGGUCAUGACCAUCGUGAUUAAAGUUAUGAAGAAAAAUGCAGGGCUCGAAACGGCCUUUGGCCAGGUUUCCAAAUGCGACCAAUGUCCUGUUUGGGCAACUUAAAUAUUAAAAAAUAAUGGCGUUAAUUGCAGAAAUAAUAUUGUUUGGGCGAUCGUCUUUAGAGCUGUAACAUAUGAGCCACUAUUAAUAUUUGUAUUGCAUAUAUUUAUUCCACGUUAAAAUCAUAGUUCAUGGUUCGCUUACCUUAAUUUGCCAACAUCCAUUAUUAUUUUUUGGGCCACCUUUUUUUUGGUGAGUUUGGAGCCCUGAAAAUGACAUUGUUUUGAAAAUAUUUCAAAUCUCGACUAACAUAGCCUUUUGUCCCCCAUAUUUCUUUUCAACAUCACCUGUCCUCAAACUCAGAUUAAGACAGAGUGAAAGGACAGACAUACGAACCACAAGAGGGAAGGAAAAAGAAGGAAGUUAAAGUCACGUGACCGAACAGGAAGGGGUGCACAGUAGAAGAAUUUUAGGCCAUCCCACAGCGCUUUUGGGAUGUUGGAACCAGACUACUAUCUUUAGGGGAAUAUGCACUAGUUUGAGGACAGGUGAUGUCUCUAUAAAAGAGAAAAAACACCCAAGUUUUCUCCAAUGUUUUGUGACACCUCCCCUAACACCUCCACCCCUCUCCAGAGCAUUAUGUAAUUGUUGAAUGUUCCCUAUGUACAGAAAUCCUAUCUACAUAGUAGAGAUAGAUUACAGUUUUGAAGAUGUGCAAUGUCAAAGUAAUUUUAGUUCUGUGUGUAUAAUGUUAUGUUUUCAAACUGUAUACUUGCUAAUAGAAAAGUGUUUUUAUCACUUGAUGUCUGCAUUGGUGAAUUUGUGCUUCCUAAAGAUAGAUUGCCAGUUUCAUGUAGCCAGUAUUGAUCACAAAGAUGUAUUGUUUAUAUGUGAUGUUAUGGAGAAAACUUUGAAAUAUUUUACCUUUACAUGCUUAAAAAAAAAGAUCUCACUAACAUUUUGAAUUUUGUUUUAGAAGUGUUAGAAUAUAUAGAUGAGUUUAUUCAUGACAAGUAAGAAAAUUCUGAUAUGUUUUUCAAAUUUCAUGGAAAAAUAAUUCUGUUAAACAUUUCUCUUUGGUACUGUAUUUAUUACCUAUAUUUCCUAAACAUGUACUAUAAUAUGAAGCCAGUUAUUUUGUGAAUUAAUUGACGUUAAAAAUGUUAACAUUGAUGUUUAUACAAUGAUAGUAGGCCUAUAACACCUAUAUAUCUAAAUACACAAACCCUUUUAACAUCAGAGAUCUAAUUUAAACAAAUAAAAUUGUAUCAUUUUAUAUAGACAUGGAAUGGAUGUCAGGUACCGGCUGGUAGGUACAGGGUUCGCAGCCUGGUACCGGCUCCCACCCAGAGUGAGUUUUAACGACUCAGUGGGUAGAUGUAAGAGCAUUACACCCUCUUCUCUCUCACUGACCACUAACAACUAACCCACUGUCAUGGACAGACAGCCUAGAUAGCUUAAUUGGAUAUAAGCACGAGAAUAAGUUGAAAUGGAAAUGGAUGUCAGGUGCAUCAUGGGAUAGGUGCCAGGUACAUUAUAGGAGAGAGAUGCAAUUUUUAAAAAUGUCAUUCAGCUUUUUCAGUUGAAUUUAAUUUAUUAAAUUAAUAUUUUGUUUUACUAAUCAUUCAUGAUGCUUGACACAGGUUGAGCGUUAUGCCAACAUGGGGUGGGGUCGGUCGGCACUGCAGGAUGGUCACCUUCCUAUUUUAUAUGACAGCAAGGGCAGAUUAUGUGGGUUUCCCAGUUGCACGGACCCCCCCCC